UGGUAGGUAUGCAAGUUCCUUAUUAUUUUCUAGGUUUUUUGUGCUGAACUUCAAAUUUCACCGUCGCUCGCUCCAACCCUCGAGCUACCUCAGCAAUGGCGAUGCUGGUUUGAUAGCCGUCAUUAGCACAUCAAUCAGCAGUCCGUUAAGCUCUUCUGGAGGUGAAAGGCGGGCAUUUUGGUUGUGCAUUGCUUGCGGAGCUAUAGUUGCCAGAAAAGUACACUGACCGGGAAACUAGGGUUUUGGGGGCUCGACUGGUUUUGCACACUCUGGCCAUUGCACGAUGUCGGGGAUUGCUUUCCAGGAUUUAUAAUGUGACUUUGAACUCUUGUUCCUUCCUAUCCUGUGGAAGAGGGAGUACUGAGGGGAGUAAGAAAAUUUGCAACCGGUUACUAGUCAUUGAGGGCAUGGCUACUGCAAAUGCAAGUACCAGCUCAAAGAAUGCUAGGAAGAAAGAAGUAAAGAAAGAAACUGGAUUGGGUCUAGCCUAUAAAAAGAAUGAAUCUUUUGGAGAAUGGUACUCUGAGGUGGUUGUUAACGGUGAAAUGAUUGAAUACUAUGACAUCUCUGGUUGUUACAUUUUACGACCAUGGACAAUGGUGAUCUGGGAAACCAUGCAAGCAUUCUUUGACGCAGAAAUAAAGAAAAUGAAUGUAAAAAAUGCAUACUUUCCUCUAUUUGUAACGGAGAAUGUUCUUCAAAAGGAGAAAAAUCAUAUUGAGGGUUUUGCUCCAGAGGUUGCCUGGGUUACUAAGUCUGGCCAAAGUGAUCUGGAAGUACCUAUUGCCAUUCGUCCAACAAGUGAGACUGUGAUGUAUCCAUAUUUUUCCAAAUGGAUAAGGGGCCACAGAGAUUUGCCAUUGAAGCUAAACCAAUGGUGUAAUGUUGUGCGAUGGGAAUUCAGUCAUCCUACUCCUUUUAUAAGGAGUAGGGAGUUUCUUUGGCAAGAAGGUCAUACAGCGUUUGCAACAAAAGAGGAAGCAGAUAAGGAGGUUCUUGAGAUAUUGGAAUUAUACCGGAGAAUUUAUGAAGAAUACCUUGCCAUUCCAGUAGUGAAAGGAAAGAAAAGUGAGCUAGAAAAAUUUGCUGGAGGCCUUUAUACCACGAGCGUUGAGGCUUUUAUUCCAAAUACAGGUCGUGGAAUACAAGGUGCUACCUCACAUUGCCUCGGUCAAAAUUUUGCAAAGAUGUUUGAGAUAGAUUUUGAAAAUGAGAAGGGGGAGAAAGCUAAGGUCUGGCAGAAUUCUUGGGCAUACAGCACCCGCACGAUUGGGGUUAUGGUGAUGGUUCAUGGGGAUGACAAGGGUUUGGUGCUUCCGCCCAAAGUUGCAGCUGUCCAAGUCAUUGUCAUUCCUGUACCUUACAAAGACGCAGACAUGCAAACUAUCUUUGAAGCUUGCUCAUCAACUGUUCAAACAUUGCGAGUUGCAGGGUUUCGUGCUGAACAUGAUUUGAGGGAUAAUUAUUCACCUGGCUGGAAGUACUCUAAUUGGGAGAUGAAAGGUGUGCCCUUGCGAAUUGAAAUCGGACCAAAGGAUAUAGCAAAUAAGCAGGUGCGUAUUGUACGGCGUGAUAAUGGAGCUAAAACAGAUAUACCCAUCUCCUGCAUGGUUGAACAAGUCCAAGAUGUUCUCUCCAGUAUUCAUGAAAACUUAUUCAAUGCUGCAAAAGAGAAAAGAGAUGCCUGCAUAAAGGUUGUCCAUACAUGGGAGGAAUUUAUGACGGCCCUCAAUGACAAAAAGUUGAUCUUGACUCCCUGGUGUGAUGAAGAGGAAGUUGAGAAAAAUGUGAAAACACGCACAAAAGGUGAACUUGGAUCUGCCAAGACAUUAUGCACUCCUUUUGAUCAGCCAAGUCUCCCUGAAGGGACUCUCUGCUUUGCAUCAGGGAAGCCAGCCAAGAAGUGGACUUAUUGGGGUCGAAGCUAUUAAUUAUGGCUGAUUUGCUAAAUUUACUAUUCAAUUUUUCACGCUUGUUGCUUUUUAAGAAUUUCUUCUUCUGAUGCGUUUACUAUACCCAUCUUCAAAUUUUAUUCAGCUAGUUUUGCCUUGUUCUGUCUUUGAAAAGUGUCUGGCUAUGAAAUGUUUUACGUCCCUCUGAAACGUCAUUCCGGUCUGCCAAGAUUUUGUAACCCAUUUGUGACAUUAAAUGACUAGUUUAUUUCGAUCAUCAUUAUGUGUCAACAUUGCCGCAGUACUAACGGUGAUUCUUGUUUUUUAAAGUUUUUUGUUUCCUGUUUAGUACUCUGGUAGUGCAGUGCCUGGCUUUGCUUGGAUUGAAAAAAUAUCCGAUGAAA